UCUUCCGUUCUACUCCUUCACUCUCCUCAACUCACACUCCUCAUAAGUGUUCUGCCGCGAAAGGAUCAACUGCAUUAUUUAUUUUGAACAUUUUAAGUUAAUUUCACGUACAAGUACACAGAACAGACGAAGUGUCAAAUAUGAACAACUCCUGGAUUGUAAUUGCCGUGUGUAUUCACUCUGUGAUUGGAGAGGCGAUCUACAAGAGAAUCGGGCAGUCUGUCAGUCUUAAAUGCGAAGUCGAGACUUCUAAUUUGGAUAUAGAAUGGACAUAUAAAGGCGUGGGUGGAGAUAAACAUGUAAUGAUCUACCAACUUAAUGGGAAGAGAGGCAAUCUGCGGAAAGGACCUGCUCCCAUGGUUAACAGAGCAAAAUUGAAAGACAACGCAUUAGAAAUCAGUCCAUUAGAGCCUAAGGAUGCCGGAGAGUACAUCUGUAAUGUGGCCAGGGUGGAGAAGGGAAGACACAGCCUCUACAUGGUCUCAGUUGGAGUCAACCCUGCCCCUCCCCUUAACGAGGGCAGUCCAGCUGCCCUAUACUGUCAGGUGUCGGGGUUCGACUCCCUACCCAAGGUGGAGUGGCUUAAGAAGGGUAAAGUGAUGUCACCCAAUGGGUCGGUCACUCUGGCCUUGUUGACCGCGGACCACAACGGGACUUGGACCUGUCGGAUAUCCCAGGACAAGGAGACACACAGCGAAAAUCUGAUAAUAGACGUAAAAGCUUGGACGCCUACAACGGGUACCACAGUGGUGAAAGGCCUCGGUGACCAUGGGCAGGACCGGGCCAAAAUUACACCCAGAUCGGGUACCUCAGACAGCCAGAACCCCAACAAAAGUUGGUCCAAGCUGGGCUUAAGCCUCUGGAUGUGGGUGGGAAUCGGAGCAGGGAGCCUGGUGCUCAUCAUUCUCCUGGUUGGCUGUGUUCUCCUGCACCGCAGGAAUAGAAGAAUGAGGAAAAGACGCCAGAUGAUGAACAUUAACAGAAAACCAUUGAAGUCCAAUGACUACUGCCAGUGUAAGAGAACACCAGAGGGUCCACCCCAGAGGAGAACAAGACCGAAGCCUUCGCCUUUAACCCUACAACAGCACUGAUGGAGAAGAGUAUUAUGGGAGGAAUGUGAUGGAACAUGAUCGAAGACAGGGUGGAUGGAGGGAGAAGUGCCUCAAGUACCUUUAAUAGAGGGAGAAGUGCCUCAAGUACAUUUAAUAGAGGGAGAAGUGCCUCAUUUAAUUAGAGAUAAAAAGUAAGAGUGAGAUAAGGAAAGAGGUAUGUGCGUUAAUAGAGUAUGUCUGGGUACAUUAUUUCCACAUGAAAAUUACUUUAACCUGAAGAAAGAAACCAGACAAUGUUCUUAGCUAUUUUGUUGAAUGUCACCUGGCAUCCUUCAAUCAUUGUCAGACCAUCCUCUAUUGCAUUGUAUAAGUACUUGGACUUCAUAUUCUAGGAAUAUGUGUUUUACAACCAAGUCCACAACAAAAUAUAAAAAACAGAUUCAGAUUUGAACACACUGACGGGGCGACAAACGUCUUCGAGUGACGUGGUUAAGUUGAGACAUAGUUACCUCAACUCUGUGAAACUGAAACUAGUUCUGAACUGUGAUGCUCUCAGUCAAACUGACAUACUUUUUACUGAUGAGUUUAGGGUAACAUUUAGGCAUGAAUUCCAACUGGUUAAGGUUUGGGAAAGGCAGAGAAAUAAAAUCGCUUGGAACUGGAAAGAGCACAAAGGUUUUGUCUAGAACUUGGACAAGGCAACACUUAAAAAUGACAUCUCAAACGCCUAUCCACCCUCCCAGUACACAAAUCCCUAGCAAACCGCCAGCCUAGUUCACAGUACUAGAACUCACCAUUGUCCCUAGUGGCUGGUUUAUAUAAGGCAUUUUUAUCUGUUUUUUCAGGAAAUUGAUGUUCAAUUUGAAGUUGUUUUAGUGUGAUGUCAAUGAGGCCUAAAAUGUAUAUUGUGUUUUUAGCAAGUUUUUAUAUUACGCCACUGAAUAAUUUCAGUAAUUUCAGAUGCUAGGAUUUUUGCAUAGCUGCUUUGGAUAUAGCACGUGUACUAUUAAUAACAGCUUCACAGUUAUACAGUAUGAAUGUUAAUGCAUCUGUGUUGUUGAAGUAAAUGCAAACAUGAUUUCAAAAUGUAUAUAAACCAAUAAAGAACAUGUUUUCAUUUGAUUACA